AUGGCAGGUCAAUAUUGGAGAUUCGCUGGUCUUACAUACCUUGAAUAUAUCAACCUUUCUGGUUCACAUCUUCGUAACUGUUUGAAGGAGCCAUUCAAGGCUGCCGCCAAGAACAGAGAACAAAUGUUUUCAACUUACACCACCUACCAAAACGGAAAGGAACUUAGCUCCAUUACCCUUUCAAUGCCAGAUCUUGCUGCCCCAAAGAAAUAA